CUAUGCCCUCUUGCCGGUUGGGGUCAGAAGGACAUGACAUUGGGAGGUUCAAUUGUGGCUGGUAUAGGUUUGGUCUGUGGGACCGAAUGUUUGAUCACUGGAAACGUUCCGACGUUAUUUGGCGGUUCUUCGAAUGAAAUUAGCGUAGUCAAGGGAUCAAGAUUGUCUGCGAUAGCAUGGCAGAAUAGGUUACCAAUGAUUCAAUUGAUUCAAACCGGUGGUGCAAGGUUGGAUCAACAAUCUCGCGUGUUUCAUCCGGGUGGUGCGCAAUUUCGCGGUUUGGCCGAACGUACAAAAGCCGGAUUACCCACUUGCAGCGUGGUUUUCGGUAGCUCCACUGCUGGAGGUGCUUAUACACCAAGCUUAACUGACUAUGUUAUCAUGGUAAAGAAUCAGGCACAGGUGUUUCUCGGUGGGCCGCCGUUAGUUCAGAUGGCCACGGGUGAAAUUGUUGACGCAGAGAGUUUAGGUGGGGCCGACAUGCAUAGCAGAAAAUCCGGUUUAUCGGAUCAACUCGCGCUGGAUGAAUAUGAUGCAAUACGCAAAACGAGAGAAUUUAUCGCAAGACUUAAUUGGGAGAAAAAGGGAAAAAUUCCUCUCAGUCAUUUCGCGUCGAGAAUAGAAGAACCUUUAUACGAUGCUGGUAUUCUUCAGCGAUACUUUAACUUGUUACACUCGGAAAACCCUUACC